AUCAGUGGAGACACUUGCACACAGACAGAUUUAUGAGCGCAGCUGCUGACAGCAGCUCCACCACCGCCGACACCGCCGCUCCUCACACCGCCUCACACAGGGCUCCACCGCCGCUCCUCACACCGCCUCACCCGGGGCUCCACCGCCGCUCCUCACACGGGGCUCCGCCGCCGCCGACACCGCCGCUCCUCACGCCGCCUCACGCGGGGCUGCCGGCUGCGGGCACGAUGGUGCGGGAGCAGUAUGUCACCACCACCCAGGACAGCAGUGUCCCAAGGCCAGCACCUGAUCACAUCUACAAGAUUGGUAUCUAUGGCUGGAGGAAGCGCUGCCUGUACCUGUUUGUGCUAUUGCUGAUCGUCAUCCUGGUGGUGAAUUUUGCCCUCACCAUCUGGAUCCUCAAAGUCAUGUGGUUCAACACGGAAGGAAUGGGACUACUUCAAGUAAACUCAGAUGGGGUUAAACUGGACGAGGGCGAGUCUGAGUUCCUUUUUCCUCUUUACGCCCAAGAGAUCCACUCCAGACAAGACUUUCCUCUCCUAGUGGGCUCUUCUGAAAUGGUGUCCAUCAAUGCCCGCAAUGAAACGGGUGAUGUCAAAGGAAGCUUCUCUGUGGGUCCAAAGGAGGCACAGGGACUUUUUCAGAAUCUGGUCAUUAAUUCCAACAAUGACAAGAUGCUGUUUACCGCAGAUAGUGAACAGGCUGAGAUUGGACCAGACAAACUUCGUGUCACAGGUCCUGAGGGAGCGCUGUUCCAGCACUCCGUAGAGGUGCCGCUGCUGAAGUCUGAACCUCUUCUGAUGCUGGAGUCCCCCACCCGUUCCCUCAGUAUGGAAGCACCCCGGGGAGUUCAUGUUAAAGCAUUGGCUGGAAACAUUGAAGUCGCCUCCAACAUGGACGUUCUACUGAAGUCUAGUGAAGGACUGCUGGUGUUGGACGCUGAGGUGGUGCGCCUGCCGAGCCUGCGUCAGAGCGGAGGAGGGCUGUCUGGAAAUGCUCAGGGUCUCUAUGAGGUGUGUGUCUGCCCCAGCGGCAAGCUCUUCCUGUCCAAGGCCGGGGUCACCUCCACCUGCAGCGAGAGCCAGGAGUGCUAGGUAGACUGACAACACAAGCGAUUACCGCCUCGGUGAAAACACCCCAAAGCAAGUCUAGUGGGAGGCCCAAAAAAUAAGAAGCACAACUCUUUCUAUCUGGCCUGAGUCUCUAAAAAGCUUGUCAGAGCUUAGGUCAUCUUUCUACAUAGCACGCUGGAUCUAAAAAUGACCUUAGGGCUAAGAUCCUUCUGGCAAAUCAAAGACCCAUACAAAACUGCCUGCAAAGUCAGACACAUUUUGGGAAAUGGAUUGUGACAUGUACUUCGGACCCUCUCACUAUUCGAUUAUAACAAUUUGGAGGUUUCAAAGUUAAGUGCUUACUCCUGCACUGGUGCCAUUUGGAUAGUUUUCUUUUUUUACACACAGUAUUGUGGCUGGGCAACGAGGGGCUGGUGAACAGCUUACUUCCUAUGCAAUAUUAUUUUGUGGUGCAAUAAAUGAAUGAUACACAUAUCAAGAGCUUGAAUUGUUCAACAAAAUGUCCAAAGAGUUUUAACAGGAUUUUAAUAAGCAUAUGCAUUUUGUUUUUUCCUGCAAUUCACAUUCAAAGCCUACAUACCUUGCUCCAAGUGCUUGAUGUGUGCUUUUAGAAAGCGAGGAUUAUAUUAUGUUAUGCGUUUGCUGGGGAGAAAAGCAUGAUGAGAAUUAUUAGCAUGUACAUAAUUAGUCCUUUCCGGUCCAGAGAAUGCUUUAUCCUGUUUAAACCUAGGUACAAAACUCGGCAACGGGAGACUGGAUCUUGUUUCUACGGUUUUAUGAAGACUUUAUGAUUACAACAGUUAAAAUAAGCCCAAAAUUACAAUGGUCAUUAUUUUGACAGUAGUUUGUUUUGCUGGUUUUGAGCUCAGGUGUUUAUGCUGUGCUUUGUCCUUCAGCCUGAAGUCAUGCAAGUCAUUUUCUGUUCAUUACAUAGUGGACACAGCUGUGUGCAGAGGCUCAGUAAUGGCAUUUACCAGCUACACAUUACCUGCAGGACGUGACAGGCACAGCUAGGAAUUACUGUUUGGCACAGAAUACAUAAGUAAACACAAAAAGACUUCUGACAUAGAGCAGCUUAGAAAGUAGAAGCAUUUUUGCACAAUAUCCACACCCCAGAAAUCCUCUUGUUUUUAAAAAGAAAAGAAUCGUCACACUUUUUGAUCACAGGGAAUAAAAUCGGAUGGUAUUUCAGAACCGUUUUCACGCUGAGUGCAUUCUGGCUUGUUGUGAGCUACGUUUCAGUAAACGUGGUUACACCUCUGUGGUGUUGUGUAGCUUUUUGUUGUGUGCAUUCAAGAAUUCCUAAUUUAAUAUUUCCAUAUAUUUUCUGGCAUAUUUUGAUAAACUGUCGAAUGUAUUCAUUCAUUUUUGUAUGUUUGAAUAAACUGUUUGUGCUACUCUUUUAA